GUGUGUGUGAGAGAGAAGAGAGAGAGAGAGAGAUGGGAAAGAGAGAGGGAGAGAGAGAUCAGGCAGUUCCUGUGCCACUCAGCAGUGGUGUUUAUUCCCUCAAGUCGCUCCUCAGUGGAUCAUCAUGUGGAUGCUGAAGGGAUCUUCAACUUUGGCUCACCAGCUUCUUACGGAGAGACGGAAAUGAACUUAACCUGUGAGACUUUUGGAAGGGAAAGAGGGAGAGAUCCGAUCAGACACAUCCCAUUCAAACUCUGAGGAACAGAUCGGUUCUGUGCGUAACGCCGAUCUUUUUUUCUUUUUUUUUAUAUACCUUGAACGGUUUAUAUUUUUAAUGUAACUCUGUAUAGAACUGAUAUUUUAUUCAGUAAACGAUGGCUUGCAGUUUUCUUCUGUGCUCUGCUGCGCUGCUGCUGCACGGGUUCGCCGUUAGUGUCGCGGGAUCAUACACAGCACCAGCACACAGCCAGCACGCGCGCGUCGUCAGCAGACACAGGAACUGGUGUGCCUAUGUGGUGAUGAAAUCUGUUAGCUGUGUUAUGGAGGAUGGAGUAGAGACCUACGUGAAGCCUGACUACCAGCAUUGUGGUUGGGGCCAGUGCUCUCGGGUUGUGGUAUAUCGGACAUACAGAAGACCAAAGUAUAAGAUUGCUUACAAAAUGGUGACAGAUAUGGAGUGGAAGUGUUGUAAUGGUUACUCAGGUGAAGACUGCAGCAAAGGCUCCAAUGGUGACUCGCAGUUCACCGAUAGUAGCCCUUCUACACCUGGAUCGAGUACUGGGAAUGAAGAGAGAGGUGGAGAAGGAAGAGGGGAGAGUGAUAAAAUCAUACAACUUGAGGAGAAGAUUCAGAGUUUGACUAAAGAACUCCAUGACAUGCAGUCCACCUUACAGGGAGUGAAUCAAAGAAUACAUGAGGGGUCACAAGGAGUCCACACUGGUGGUCAGAACCCUGCUGAUGCAGCCCAACCAGAAAUGAGGGAAACCAUUAACAGCAUUCAGACCAAGCUGGAUCUGCUUGACAAUAUGACACAAAUACAUGACAGGACCCUCAUCAGUAUAAACAACCAUCUGGUCGGUGGCAAUAGUGCCAGCAAUGAGCUAGACAGAGGAAGCCAGUACAGCAUGCUGAAGGAUGAGAUUCUACAGGAGCUAGAGCUUCGCAUCAAACUGUCCUGCUCUGCUUGCCAGAGUGGAGUGGAGAGGAUUCAGGAGCUGCAGCAGGAGGACAGGGAGAGAAUCCGUGCUCUGGAAAAGCACAUAAGUGUCAUGGAGCAGCACCAUAGGCAGACAGUGGAGGGCUUGCAGAGAGAGCUGGCCCGCUCUCAGAGCUGCUGUGACUCCAUUGUGGACGUGGAGAGGCGAGUUGGUGUACUUGAAAAGAAGGUUAGUUCCACUGUAGAAUCCUAUGACAACCUAUAUGAACGCGUUGAGAAAGUGUUGAAAGAAACCUCUGGGAAUACAGGACAAGGAAAGGUAUCAGGAGAAAAGCUAAACAGCCGCCUGAGAGACUUGGAGCGCCGGCUGAAUGGAACAGUGAGGAAAGCUGAGCAAAAAUGCACUCACACAGAGAGCAGUAUGAAGGAGCUACUGCAAAGAGAAAUCAGCAAGAUACGGAACAGUGUCACUCAUCAAAAUCAUGAUCAUGGUUUUAGACUUUCUAACAUUGAGCUGGACAUGAGGAAUGUAAAAGAUUCCGUCGAUGACCACAAGGAUCGCAUAACUAAGUUGGAAAACAAAACGUCUAUCUUUGACAACAAGUUGACGUCAGCAGUGGUUUUGUGUGCAAAUACAUGUGCAGCACAGGGCCAAGGAAAUAAGACUGAGGAUAUGGUGAAAUCAUUGGAGUGGAAAGUCCUUGCCAACAAAGAAGACAUCCAGAGGUUUGACACCAGGCUGAAAGAGCUCUCUGUGUCUGGUGACUCCACAAUGAACCGUAUUUCAGACCUAAACCACAGCAUUCAGGAAAUCACGGCUCUGCUGGAUGAGAAUGGUGAGAAUUUUAAUAAGGUUGUUACAGAAGUGGAGAUAUUAAGGAUUAACUGUGGUGUUUGCAGUUCUGCUUUCAGUGACAUAGAGAAUGAACUCAGCAAGUUGAGAAACACAACCGUCAGCACCUUUGAGAAGUAUCAAGGUGAAUUCACCAACUUGCACAGAAGACUAAACUCUGGUGAAAGUGCAUGUUCACAGGUCUGCUCCAACUUGCAGGAGGAAGUGGGCAAACUUAAAGAGGAUGUGGAGGAAUGCCAGAACCAAUGCCAGAAUAGUAUGACUGAACACCAGAAACACAUUGAUGGUCAGAAUGUCAUAACUAGCACAUUGGGAAAGGAACUCGGGUCCAUUCAAGGGGAGCUGUCAGGAAUCAAGCUGACCUUCAGCUCUAUCAAUGACACCCUGAAGGGACUAGGUCACACCAUUCAGAGACAUGACAGCACUAUAACUGACCUGGGUACUUCGAAGAAUAAAAUCUUUUCACAGAUUGAUAAGAUCCAGGAUGGGUUGGAUGAGCACAUAGAGGACAGUCAGGAACAGUUCAAGAACAUUACUCACAAUAUUCAGCAAUUCAGUAGCAAUCUGCUGGUGGAGCUCAGUGAAUGCAAACAUGUUGGUGAAGGGCUGGAAAAGAGGCUUUUGAAAAUGGAAAAUGUUUGUGGCAGACUGGACUCACUCUCAGAGAAUCUGCAGCAGGUCAAGAAUAUAAUAAGUGGGCAUGUUUCUAGACUUUGGACCUGUGUUAAUGGGCUCAAUGCUACCAUCGUUACUCAGGGAGAGGCCAUACACAACAUUGAGAGUUUUCAUUUGGAGAAUAUCCAUGGCAAGAUGAACAAUCUCAAUUCUACACUACUGGACCUCCUGAAAGAAUUCCAAACCUUUACUGUAAAUGACUUUACUGGACCUCCUGGGCCACAAGGAGAGAGAGGUCACCAAGGUUUACAGGGUCCAAUAGGGCCACCGGGCAGACAAGGUCCCCAGGGAAUACCAGGGAAAGAGGGACCAAUUGGUGAGCCAGGCCCAAGAGGUGAAGAAGGUCCUCCAGGAGAUGAUGCAAAAGUACCGCGGCUGUCCUUUUCAGCAGCACUUGCACAACCACAGGUUGGUGCAGGCACCAUUGUCUUCAACAAGGUCUUCGUCAACGAAGGGAUGUCUUAUAGUCCGAAAACAGGCAUAUUUACAGCACCGGUGAGCGGACGUUAUUACUUCAGCGCAGUCCUGACUGGUCAGAAGAACAUGAAAAUAGAGGCAGUGUUGUCGAAGUCUAACUACGGUAUUGCGCGUGGAGACUCAACAGGAUACCAGCCAGAGGGUUUGGAGAAACCUAUAGCUGAAGCAAGAAAUGCUCCAGGAUCUCUUGUCAUUUUCAACAUCAUACUUCCCCUAGAGGUGGGAGACACUGUGUACAUUGACCUGGUCACAGGGAAACUGGCUGAUUCUGUCGAACCUCUUACCAUGUUCAGUGGCAUGCUGCUGUAUGAGAAUGCAGAUGCUAUGUUAUAAGAGUGGAAUGUUAUACUUAGAAAAGGAAAAGUGGAGAUGUGCCAACUUGAAGUACUUUUUGAAAAAUACAUUACAUUGCCGAGUUGCAGCAACACCCUUGGGUGACACAUGAUGCAUUAUUUGUUAUAUUCAGGUUUGUUGUGCCACCUGUUAGAACAAAGAAAGGACUUGAACUCUAACAUUCCAGUUUCAGAAACAUUUAUCAGUGUUAAUAAGGACUUUACACAAAAAGAAGUUUGUACAAUCUCAAUGGUUUAGUCUUGAAAUUGUAACCAGGAAGCUCCCUUGAGGAGACUCAACAUCCAGAAUAUGUUGUGGGAUCUGUGCAACACCCCAAAUCACUGCUUUUACAGUUUUUAGACAAGCAAGUUGGAAAUUAAAAUGAAUUAGCAACUUGCAGUGAUUUUAAAUGAGCAAAAACAAACAUGUGUGCUCUGAAUGAGACAAUUCAGAUCAUAAAUGGCAGAAGCUAUGAGAAAGCAUAUUUCUGUAAACCUUAGAACUGUCAGGGUGUUGCUGUUGGUUUUGUAACUGCUUUUAAGUGAACUUUUACAGCAGCUUUGAAGUUCACAUUGUUUUUGAGAGUUCAUGAGAGGAACAUAAGGAACAUUUUGGAUAUUAUUUUUCACUGUGAUUGUUGUGAGACCAAAUAUGGACCUCUUGAGCUACAUUAACCCAAGAGAAAGAAAAGAAAACAGACCCCAUAAAGCCACUGGACUUGCUUCAUUAAAUGGUAAUUUUGCAGGGACAUUGCCGGUUCCUUUUUUUUUUUUUGACCUUUGAACUUAGAUCAUCAGUUUGAAUCACUAUGUACAGUAUGUGCCACAUAUAUUUUUUGUUUCAAAUGGCAAUAGUUUUUAUACAGUAUUAUUGUGCAACAGAUACAGUCUAAGCAAUAAUUUUGUCACCCAAAUAGUCUGAAAAUGAUCUUUUGGUGCUUUUUUUUCCUUUUUUUUUUGUGAAUGUUACCAUUUCUAAUUUUCUAAUAUUUUGGGGAAAAUAGACCUUUAUAGACAUUUACUGGUUUGUGUGUGUGUGUGUGUGUGUG